GCAACGAUCCAAAUCUAUUUGUUGUGCUCCCUGAAUCAAGAAUGGAUAGGAAAGCUGAAGUUGAUAACCUCGAAACGCGCCUUGAGACGCUGGAAAGUCGUAUAUACGGUGAAAGAAGGAACAAGGGAGGGAAACCCGUGAAGGUUUGCCAAUAAUAUUUCAUAUUAGAAAUGCAGAAUAGUGAUUCAACUGGCUGCUAGCUUUGGCUAGCUAGCUAGCGAACCCCCUUUUUGCACACAAAUUUUAUACAAUCAAUGUUUAGACAUCAAGAUUAUGUGUGUGAAGAACAGCUAUGCCAGUGCAUUCCAAUUAGUUACAAUCCAACAUGUUAAUGUUGAGCGAGUACUUGCUAACUAGAUAGCUAGCUAAAUAACUCACAAUGCCAGCACAGCUAUAAACACAGUUUAUUUUCACAUUGACAGUUCGAUGAGGGCAAGUUUUGCUUUUUAGUUUAUCUUCUUUAUAUAAUGCACUCUGUUCCGUAGUGCGCCGAUUCCCUCUCCAGAGUUCAGGCCGCCCUUGCAAACACUGCAAAUAAGAGGGAACGAGUGAAGAUUCUACACAAAAAGAGUGAGUGACAUCUUAGACAACACAUAACUGUGACUUGGAUGGGACACAUUAUUACCAGGACAAUCACAAAGAUGGGUUAAUUGUGAUUAUAUUUCCCACAUAGCAACUAAUAUAUAUUCUACAACCUUUGUUCUCUGUACAGUUGAGGACCUGCUGAAGUAUCUGGACCCUCAGUUCACUGACCACAUCACUGUUCCUGAUGCCAUGAAGCUGGAAUUCAUCCUUGCUGGUAAGAGUUUUUCAUUUAAAAUAUGUGAGUAAAUGUUGGCAAAUUUGGUCCUGCAUCAUGGUGAUUGAGUAGGCCUCUGGCAUAUGGGUAUGUGCCUCCAGUCUCAAACUCAUGCACUUGUUUCUCCCCACAGAGGAGGACUUCCUGCUUUCCCAGGCCACCCUUCUGGAGCAGGUCAGCAACCUCCAGCCACUAUUGGACAGCAACUACAUCCGAGGUCAGUGAGAGGGAAUCUAAGUACCUUUACAAAUGGUCUGUGUGAAGUGUUGAUGGGAUGAAGGGUUAAAUAAUGUUUAUGUUGAACGCAACUCAGUGUAAAGUUCUCAUUCACAGAUGUGCCAGAGCAUGCCACCAAGCUACAGCGUUUGUCUCAGAUUCACAUCAAAGAGCAGGUAUGAACCCCCCCCCUUUACUUAUUCUCGCCCCUCUUUUCUUGAUUUUGUCUUUCCUCACAAGUCAAUCUAGACAUGUUAGAAUGACUUGUGAAUUGCAGUAUCUUGGUGACACCAUACUUGUCAUUUUCCCAAAGGACCAAACUGAGGCCCAGUCCCUAGAGGUGAAGAAGCUGUUUGAGGAGUACAACAAAAUGGUACCUUUCCUUCAUUAUAAUGGCAAAUACUGUCUUGAUGGAUUAAUGGAAUUAUUGAAGUGAAUAAAUAACACUGAUCAAGCCAGAGGAAGAUGUAUCGGAGGUUAGCUAGUGAAACUUUGAAGAGUACAUUGGCUGUCAUGUCUUCUGACCUCCUCGGUCAGAUGAAUGAAAGUGAGUGGUUGCUAAAAGUAAUUAGCUAGCUUGUUGUUUCUGUCACAAGUCAUGUUGAACUCUGAGAAAUGUCUGGGCUAAUGGAAUGAACUGCCUGGCCCACCAAAUGAUCUUUGAACCUUGACCUCUUUGGCAGAUGUUCCUGCUGUCCAAGCAGUUCACCCAGUGGGAUGAGAGCCUGCGGAACGUGGAGGAGGCCAAGGUCAUCCGUCAAGUGGAGUAGCGACCAUGUCCAGUGAUGACCGUUAUGACAAUGUCACGGCUUGAUGUCAUCCGUGUGUCCUAUAUGCAGCUUAAUAUAACUUGCUGGAGAUUAUUGUUAUUUAUUUACAGCUACAUCUAGAGACAUUUGCAUAGUUUUUUUUUUUUUACUCCCUUCUUGUACAUUUAUUCAACAUACAAUGUACCCAUGCAUUCCAAGUCUGCAACACUGCUCCAGGCAGUCACAAGACCCUGCUUUUUUUCUGGGUCGCUUGACAGAAGAAAAGUGUAGAGAAGAAUUUGCACACUAACUUAUUUCUUCUUCCACAAGUCCUGGUUUUAAAUGGUUUUAAAUCAGACAGCAUGACCGCAAAUGUAAAGUAAUUGCAAUAAAAUCCAUAUUAUUCAA